ACGUUCAAAAGACUUGCCUGUCCAACAAACUGCGGCGUCUUCGAACUUAGCCUUGAAGUCUGCGAGUCCACGCACUCUUGACUUGAGCGUCUGUCCCUCUAAACCCGGGGGGAGGGGGGUGUUUACUUUUGAGGAGACAUCGACACGAUGGAUUGCCCAUGGCCGUGCAAAGAAGAACAGACGGGCGCGACUGGCCUCCGGAUAGCUCUGUGGGGAGGAACCACCGCAGGCACCUUUUCUGUUCUGGUAACUGUGCCAGAUACUGAGCGAUACACAACAUUAUUUGCCUCUGUGAUCCUCAAGUGUGACUACAGUACCUCUGCACCACUACAGGAUGUGGUUGUUACCUGGCGUUAUAAGUCUUUUUGCAAGGAUCCUAUCCUUGACUACUAUUCUUUUGCCUAUCAGGCAAGUCUGGCUCUUGGUCAAGAUCCUUCUAAUGACUGCAAUGACAAUCAGCGCGAAGUGCGCAUUGUUGCUCAGAAAAGGGGGCAGAAUGAACCCAUACUGGGUGUCGAUUACAGUCAAAGGAAGAUCACCAUUCGGAACAAAGCGGAUCUUGUCAUCAGUGAAGUGAUGUGGUGGGACCAUGGGGUCUAUUACUGCGCAGUUGAAGCUCCAGGAGAUACAACAGGUGACCCAGACAAAGAGGUCAAGCUCAUUGUUCUAAAUUGGCUGACUGUCAUCUUUAUCAUCUUUGGUGGUCUCCUCCUCCUCCUCCUGGUUGGGGUGUGCUGGUGCCAGUGCUGCCCUCAGCAUUGCUGCUGCCAUGUGCGCUGUCCUUGCUGCCCAACGCGCUGCUGUUGCAAUGAGAAAGUCCUGGAGCGACAUCAUUUCAUGAAACAGGCUCGACAACUUUUGCCGUGGAUGGCACACCAUUCUGCAUCAUCUUCAUACCAACUAAACCCACUGUUACAACGAGAUGUGUCUCUACAGAGCAGUCAGCCUCCGCUUCCCCUGGUGGCUCCCAGCAACAAGUAUUUGGACCAGCUUGAGUCUGAGAUCAGGAACCUCAAUCUUUCCCAGCCUGCACUGCCUUCACAUCAUGUUGGGGCCAGUCGGCACUCCAGUGUCCUCUCAUCUCUUGGCUCAGAGAUUGUGGAACGCAGAGUAAUCCACUUGCCCCCCAUCAUUGAGCGGGUGCCAUCCUCUUGGAGGAGCAGCAAUUCAUCACAACCACAGCGGUCUCUUCAUACUCCACGACCUCGAAGCAUCACAAGUGAAGAAGAGAGGGAGGGGAUGAGGAGGCCACGGCGUUUCUCUUUCAAUGAAGAUCCUCACUCCAACUAUGAUAGGGAAACAUGGGACAGAUACAGGGACCGCAGACCUGAGAGGCCGAGGGAUGGCAGUCAUUAUGAGCGAUCGCAAAGAUCUAGGCCAGAUGUAACACCAGUGGUACGUGGUAGGAACAGUCUCAAUUCCCAUUCUGAGGAGGCCAGAAGGGAAUAUUCUGGGCACCAGUACUCUGACCGAAGGUAUCAGCGUUCAGGGCGACGGACCUCUCAACCAGGCAGUAGUCACCAGAGCCGACGGCGACAUCGCAGCUAUUCCCCACCAUCCCAUCGGGAGUCCUGGAGUUCAUCAGAAGAAUAUGAAUACAUCCCAGGAAACCACAGGAGACGUCAUCGGCAUCGUUCCCCAGACUGGCCAGAGGAGAAACCCCCUAGUUAUCGCUCCGUUGAAGUCACCCCAGCCAAAGGCAACAUAACCAGAAAAGCAACUGAGCUACAAUCGGAAAAAGGUAGUUCUCGCAGUGGACGGAGUGUUAUUCUUUAGCCUUUUUUGUGGGCAGUGUACAAAAUGAGGUGACUUUGCCUGCCUGUUCAGGAUGUGUGCAUCUUUGGCUCUGAGUGUUUAUCCAUUGAGGAUCCCUAGCUGUUGAGGAUCCUGUUUCUCCUGAUCCUCUACAGCCCCUGCACUUCUUCAUCUUGUGGACGCUUUGAUUUCCAGUGCAGAAGGAGAUGAAAAGGCAUUGGUCUGAAGAUCAACCAGGAAAGAAAUGGAACUCCUUUCUACAUGUGUGUUAUGCUUGGUACUAGUCCAGCUUUUUACAAAUUACUGUAAUGUGAAACCCGUGUUAUGCAUGUACAGUACAGUAUAUGGAAUCUUGUGUUCAUUGCUCCAUAUUAUAGGAGGAAAAGUGUAUUUGUGAUGAGAUCACAUAUUUUAACCACCGUUAAUUUGCUGUCACUGUUCCUGCUCUGAGGUUCCUG